AUGAUGGUGAAGCAGACCAACGAAGCCAGCGGGAUUGAAGCCGAUAUUGACAUUGGCACGGGCGGCGGGUGGAAAAGUGACAUCCGAUCUGAGGUCCAAGCCAUUCAAUCCCGUAUUGGCCGUGGGCAACCUGCGACAGCACAAAUUGAGUGCUAUUCCAAGGGCCUUCCUUCCUUUUCCUUGGUCGAGCCUCCCGAAUCCGCAUCUGCUGCGGCUGGUAAUGCCAUCAAGUGGGGGACACUCGUUGAGCAACUCCCGAGGAAACAGCACGUCGACGUCCUCUGCGCAGCCCAUCCGGCUGGCCAUCCGCCAUUCAUCCCAUCACUUCCUGCUCGUACAUCGAACGAACAUGCUUCGGACCAGGCGGACAGGACGCAUGAACUGCAUCCGCCUAGCCUUACGUACGGGCCUGCUUGGAACACACCCUUGCCCUUCUUCUCGGUUUUCUGUCCCAUGGACCCGGUGACUCGACUUUGA